UCUUGGGCGGUUAGAAGAAUGGAAAUGGGAGUUGUAUUUUUCUAAAUAUUUUGCGACCCAGAUGUUUGUGGUCUGACGGAACACUUUCGGGGACAAAACUUCUAGCGUUAGAGAGUCAGGAAGGUACUGAUCAGAGGAACAAAUAACUAUUAAAAAAUAUACAUUCAUUGUCCUAAUGUUGUCAGUUGCUAAAUGCAUAUUUUUCUCAAUUAUUCCGUGAUUUCAAACAGAGUAAGGAUCCAGGAUCAGGGCAGGCAGGGGACCUGGAUGUGCAGCCAAGCCCACCAAGGAUGCACUGAGCUGGGGAACAUCUGCUGAGGCCUCCCCCUAGCACUGCCAUGGCAUCUGACCCUUCACCCCCAAACCCCGCCCCUCUGGGCUCCCAGGUCCACGCAGCCGCCGUCAAUGGAGACCGGAGCGUCCUCCUCAGAAUCAUCACAGUGGAUCCCUCCCUGCGUGACCGUGAGGACCAGUUUGGGCGUACCCCACUGAUGUACUGUGUCCUGGCUGACCGUCUGGACUGUGCUGAGACACUGCUGAAGACGGGAGCCUCUGUUAACAAGACUGACCAUAGCCAACGUACUGCCCUGCACCUGGCAGCACAGAAGGGGAACGUGCGGUUUCUGAAGCUGCUCCUGUCGCGUCGUGCUGAUUUGCUGCAGAAGGAUCUAGAGGAGGUAACACCCCUCCACCUGGCGACCCGUCACCCCUCCCCCAAACCCCUGGCCUUGCUGCUCAAACACAUAGGACCUGGAGAGGUGGAUACACAGGACAAGAACAAGCAGACUGCGCUCCACUGGUCAGCGUUCUAUAACAGGCCAGAGCACGUCAGACUGCUCAUCAAACACGACUCCAACAUUGGCAUCCCAGACAGUGAGGGCAAGAUCCCCCUACACUGGGCUGCACACAGCCAGGAGCACACCGCUAUACACACCGUCCGCUGCAUACUGGAGGCGGCUCCUACCGAGUCUCUGUUGAACUGGCAGGACUAUGAGGGGCGCACGCCUUUGCACUUUGCUGUUGCCGACGGCAACGAGGCAGUGGUGGAGGUGCUGACAUCGUAUGAAGGCUGCAGCGUCACGGCGUACGACAACCUGUUCAGAACCCCGCUGCACUGGGCUGCACUGCUGGGACAUGCCAAGAUAGUGCACUUGUUGUUGGAGAGGAACACGUCAGGCACCAUCCCCUCAGACAGCCAUGGGGCCACACCUCUACACUAUGGAGCUCAGAGCAACUACGCUGAGACGGUGGGUGUGUUUCUGUCCCACCCCUCUGUGAAAGACGAGCCAGAUCUGGAGGGCCGCACAGCGUUCAUGUGGGCUGCUGGGAAAGGAAGCGAUGAUGUCAUACGCACCAUGCUGACACUCACGCCUCACAUCGACAUCAACAUGGCCGACAAGUACGGAGGCACUGCGCUGCAUGCGGCCUCUCUGUCAGGUCAUGUGAGUACAGUGAGGUUGCUGUUGGAGAGAGGAGCCAUAGUGGACAGUCUAGACGUAAUGAAACACACGCCUCUGUUCAGAGCCUGUGAGAUGGGACACCGCCACAUCAUCCUCACACUUAUCAAAGGCUCUGCUCGUGUCCACCUGGUGGAUCUAGAUGGACACACUGCUCUGCACUGGGCGGCUCUGGGGGGGAACGCUGAAGUCUGCCAGUUGCUGAUGGAGAAUGGGAUCAGUCCUAACGUCCAGGACCAGGCAGGCAGGACUCCUCUCCAGUGUGCUGCUUAUGGAGGGUACAUCACCUGUAUGGCUGUACUACUCAUGGAGAACAACGCUGACCCUAAUAUACAGGACAAAGAGGGCAGGACAGCUCUCCACUGGUCUUGUAACAAUGGCUAUCUGGAUGCUGUGAAGCUGCUGCUGAACUCUAAUGCCUUCCCCAACCACAUGGAACACAACGAGGAGAGGUACACCCCCCUGGACUACACCCUCCUAGGGGAACACAGUGAGGUGACUCAGUACAUGUUGGAGCAUGGAGCUCUGUCUAUAGCGGCCAUCCAGGACAUCGCUGCUGCUUCCAUCCAGGCCCUGUAUAAAGGAUACACCGUCCGCAAGGCCUUCACCGAGAGGAAACAACUACUGAUGAGACACGAACAGCUACGCAAGGACGCAGCCAAGAAACGCGAGGAGGAGCAGCGGAGGCGGGAGGCGGAGCAGCAAAUCUCAUUGGCCAGAACAGAGAAACAGAGGAUGUUAUUGGCCCGUGCUGAGCAGGAGCAGCAGUCAUUGGCUGAGACUAUGAAGGAACUGUCAGUGUAUGAGAGAGAGGCAGGGGGCGGGGCUAAUACAGCCUCCAAAGCAGAACAGACCAAUAGCAAAGAGGAGACACGGAAACAUAGAGCACAUAGAAGCAGACCCUCCAGGAGAGGGAAGGAGGCACAGCCAGCCAAAGGCCCUGACCCCGUGGUGACCCCUCACCCCUCAGUGACCUCUGACACCAUGCCCCCUGCCCAGGGGUAUAGGGUCAGGGAGCGUCUCUCUCCUGCAGGCUGUAGCCGACCCCCCAGCCCAAAACACAGACCCCCCACCACACCCAGGACCAAGAGACUCACCUCUGCAAACACACACACUCCUUCCAACACACACACUCCCUCCAACACACACACUCCUUCCAAAACACACACUACCUCCAACACACACACUCCUCCCAAGACACACACUCCAUCCAACACACACACUCCUUCCAAAACACACACUCCUUCCCACAUACACACUCCAUCCAACACAGACACGUCUACUCGCCUCACCAUGGAUCAAGAAGCCCCCAGCACCAGGGAACGCACCCCUAGAAGCAAGAGAGACACACACACCAACACACACAACCCCAGACACAGAACACGCCCUGCCACAGACCAUACCACCUCCUCCAGCAAGAACCACACUAAAGCCUCCACACAGUCACACCGCCCCAGCAGCAAGCCCAGGGAGGGGGACAGAGACCAGGCUGCCUGCACUAUCCAACGAGCCUGGAGGAGGUUCCAUGUGCGAGGCAGAUUGAGGGAGGCUUUUGGUGCUGGGAAAAGAGUGGAGCCACCUGAGGUCGCCUCCCUCCUGAUCCAGCUGCUCUGGGAUAGGCCGGCUUUCCCUGGUCACACCCCUAUUAGGACCAAACCUGAGGCCAGAGUUCCAACCACCAAGACAGUAGCCAAGAGCUCAGUGCUGCAAAGCAUCUAUGGAGGUUCUGUGGCCCGAAGGGGGCGCUCUCUCGGGGGUUCUCAGUCUCAGAUACUACUGGACCUGUCACUACGCACACACAGCCAGCUGAGCAGUGUGGAGUGUGUGCACCUGUGUGAUGCAGUGGGGCAGGCCAGGCAGUACUCCUACCACCUCAGACCCCACAGCGCUGGACAGGGCCGGGGGAAACACUGACGACUACACACACACCCUGCAUGUGUACUUCGUGGCUCAGUUGGUAGAGCAUGGCGCUUCUAAUGCUAAAGUACUGGGUUCGAUUCCCAGGACCAGCCAUAUGUAAAAUUUAUGUACGCGUUGCUUUGGAUAUAAGCAUCUGCUAAAUGGCACACACAUAUAUAUGUGUGUUGUCUUGAAAUUACUUACCCACCUUAUCAUGGUGGAGUUAUUGGCCAGAUUGUAAACAGAGCAUCUAUAUACUGACAAGAGGUGGGCCCCAAUGGUGUAACUAUAGGAAUAUUCCUCUACAGAGGUGGGAACUUUUUAGCCAAUAAUGCUGAUAUAACGGACUUCUCAGAGAUGCCAUAGUUGUAAUAACCUAAAUAUUACAAAAUGUAUAUUAGGUCAAAUAAGCCUCACGUAUCAAUUGGACCACCAUAUACAAAAUCCCCAAUUGGUCUGUGUCAUGCUGUAUUUUCAGGCAGAGUAAUCCCUCUUGCAUAGCCUCUUCCUCUCAGAUUGUACUCUCUGUGCCCAGUAUUAACCAUGGAGGAGUUCUUGGCCUGAUUGUUUAUACUACUGGACACAGGAAGAGAGGACACAUUUAUGAGACCUCACAGGGCACAGUUAAGUCAACCAACAUGGUAUGUGUGCAAGAUAAUUUCAACCAUACAGAAAAUGAACACAUACACACAGAGAGAUAACCUUUCCUCCCAUGUGGAGAAUGAGGCAGUCUGUCAACAGCCGGUCAUACAGCCAGCCCACCUGCAGACGCUGACACACACGCCUGCUUGCAGACACACACGCUUCCCGUCAGCCAUAACACUUGUACUAGGUUGUAGUCAACUCUACCUCAGUAUCUACCUGAGCAGGUUCCCACAGGCAUGCUUGCCCCUCCCACUUUCCCCCCUCAGCCAUAAUAGUAGGUACACAGAUGUGCACAAGGUCAUUUAGGUCCAGAGGGUACACGUGUAUCUGUGCUUUCUCUGUAGGACUCUGUGGAGGGGGGUAUAUUUAUGCAUUUUAUACACACUCUGUUACUCUUUAAUUGUAUAUUAUACACCACUUCCUGCCUUAAAGAGAUAGUUGACUUAAAGUUAGCCAGAUGUUUGUGGCACCUCAUCAAGGGGAACUGUCACUUAAGAUAGAAACUGCAUUUCAGUGUCGAUGCUGUUCACUCUGAUGCACUACUGUUGAAACACUAUCAGAUGUCAAGGCUUUACAUUUAUGAAUGAAUACCAACCUCAAUGUUAAUGUCCAUGUUUUUCUACUCUUUUAGAAAACUUCUCAAAUAAAUACAUUGAGUUUCAGU